AUGGAACAACUGAGGGAACUUAGCCCUGACCUGUGCCCAGGGGGCACCCUGGAGCGGGAGCCGGCCGCGGCUCCCGCCCAGGCCCAGAUUGUGCACGCGGGCCAGGCGUGCGUGGUGAAAGAAGACAACAUCAGCGAGCGCGUGUACACGAUCCGAGAGGGCGACACGCUGGCGCUACAGUGCCUGCUCACCGGCCACCCCCGCCCGCAGGUGCGGUGGACCAAGACGGCGGGCAGCGCCUCUGACAAGUUCCAGGAGACGUCGGUGUUCAACGAGACGCUGCGCAUCGAGCGCAUCGCGCGCACGCAGGGCGGCCGCUACUACUGCAAGGCAGAGAACGGCGUGGGGGUGCCAGCCAUCAAGUCCAUCCGCGUGGACGUGCAGUACCUGGACGAGCCCGUGCUGACCGUGCACCAGACCGUGAGCGACGUGCGAGGCAACUUCUACCAGGAGAAGACGGUGUUCCUGCGCUGCACGGUCAACUCCAACCCACCCGCCCGCUUCAUCUGGAAGCGAGGCUCCGACACGCUGUCCCACAGCCAGGACAACGGCGUGGACAUCUACGAACCGCUCUACACCCAGGGUGAGACCAAGGUCCUGAAGUUGAAAAACCUGCGGCCCCAGGACUAUGCCAGCUACACCUGCCAGGUGUCGGUGCGCAACGUGUGCGGCAUCCCAGACAGGGCCGUCACCUUCCGGCUCACCAACGCCACGGCACCGCCAGCCCUGAAGCUGUCCGUGAACGAAACUCUGGUGGUGAACCCCGGGGAGAACGUGACAGUCCAGUGUCUGCUGACAGGCGGAGACCCCCUGCCCCAGCUGCAGUGGUCUCAUGGGCCCGGCCCACUGCCCCUGGGUGCUCUGGCCCAGGGUGGCACCCUCAGCAUCCCUUCGGUGCAAGCCCGGGACUCUGGCUACUACAACUGCACAGCCACCAACAAUGUGGGCAACCCCGCCAAGAAGACCGUCAACCUGCUGGUGCGAUCCAUGAGGAAUGCCACGUUCCAAAUCACCCCCGAUGUGAUCAAAGAGAGCGAGAACAUCCAACUGGGCCAGGACCUGAAGCUGUCCUGCCACGUGGACGCCGUACCCCAAGAGAAAGUCAGCUACCAGUGGUUCAAGAACGGCAAGCCGGCGCGCAUGUCCAAGCGGCUGCUGGUGACCCGGAAUGACCCUGAGCUGCCCGCCGUCACCAGCAGCCUGGAGCUCAUCGACCUGCACUUCAGUGACUAUGGCACCUACCUGUGCAUGGCUUCCUUCCCCGGGUCACCUGUGCCCGACCUCAGCGUCGAGGUCAACAUCUCUUCAGAGACAGUGCCCCCCACCAUCAGCGUGCCCAAGGGCCGCGCGGUGGUGACCGUCCGCGAGGGCUCGCCGGCGGAGCUGCAGUGCGAGGUGCGGGGCAAGCCUCGGCCGCCCGUGCUCUGGUCCCGCGUGGACAAGGAGGCCGUCCUGCUGCCCUCGGGGCUGCCCCUGGAGGAGACUCCGGAUGGGAAACUGAGGCUGGAGCGCGUGAGCCGCGACAUGAGCGGGACCUACCGCUGCCAGACGGCUCGCUACAAUGGCUUCAACGUGCGAGCCCGCGAGGCCCAGGUGCAGCUGAACGUGCAGUUCCCGCCCGAGGUGGAGCCCAGCUCCCAGGACGUGCGGCAGGCGCUGGGCCGGCCCGUGCUCCUGCGCUGCUCGCUGCUGCGGGGCAGCCCGCAGCGCAUCGCCUCGGUCGCCUGGCGCUUCAAAGGGCAGCUGCUGCCGCCCCCGCCCGUCGUCCCCGCCGCCACCGAGGCCGCGGACCACGCCGAGCUGCGCCUCGACGCCCUCACCCGCGACAGCAGCGGCAGCUACGAGUGCAGCCUCUCCAACGACGUGGGCUCGGCCACCUGCCUCUUCCAGGUCUCCGCCAAAGCCUACAGCCCGGAGUUUUACUUCGACACCCCCAACCCCACCCGCAGCCACAAGCUGUCUAAGAACUACUCCUACGUGCUGCAGUGGACACAGAGGGAGCCGGACGCUGUGGACCCCGUCCUCAACUACAGACUCAGUGUCCGCCAGUUGAACCAGCACAAUGCCAUGGUCAAGGCCAUUCCUGUCCGGCGUGUGGAGAAGGGGCAGCUGCUGGAGUUCAUCCUGACGGAUCUCCGCGUACCACACAGCUAUGAGAUCCGCCUCACUCCCUACACCACCUUCGGGGCUGGCGACACGGCGUCCCGCACCAUCUAUUAUACAGAGCAUAACACCUGCCACUUUGAGGACGAGAAGAUCUGUGGCUACACCCAGGACUUGACGGACAACUUUGACUGGACGCGGCAGAAUGCCCUCACCCAGAACCCCAAGCGCUCCCCCAAUACCGGCCCCCCCACUGACAUCAGUGGAACCCCGGAGGGCUACUACAUGUUCAUAGAGACUUCCCGGCCUCGGGAGCUGGGGGACCGCGCCCGGCUGGUGAGCCCCCUCUACAACGCCAGCGCCAAGUUCUACUGCGUGUCUUUCUUCUACCACAUGUACGGGAAGCACAUCGGUUCCCUCAACCUCCUGGUGCGGUCACGGAAUAAAGGAGCCCUGGACACGCACGCCUGGUCGCUCAGCGGCAAUAAGGGUAACGUGUGGCAGCAGGCCCACGUCCCCAUCAACCCCAGCGGGCCAUUCCAGAUUAUUUUCGAGGGAGUUCGAGGCUCAGGCUACCUAGGCGACAUUGCCAUCGAUGACGUCACUCUGAAGAAAGGAGAGUGUCCGCGGAAGCCCAUGGACCCCAAUAAAGUGGUGGUGAUGCCGGGCAGCCGAGCGCCCUGCCAGUCCUGCUCGCGGUUCUGGGGGCCCGUGGCUAUCUUCCUCUUGGCGCUGCAGAGAUGA